AUGUUUGGCUUUGGGAAGGCGCCGCCGAAGACGGCGCGGGAGCAGGCGCGGGAGGCGAAGCGCGAGAUCGCGCAUGGCCAGCGCGACUUGGAGAGAGAGAAGAUGGUGCUGGAACGGCAGGAGAAGCAGCUCAUCCUGGACAUCAAGAAGGCGGCGAAGGACGGCAACCAAGCAGGCACCAAGAUCCUCGCCAAGCAGCUCGUGCAGGUUCGGGCGCAGAAGGAGAAGCUCAUGGUCAUGAAGGUGAGCCUCGGUGGCAUCGGCAUGCAGGCCUCGGCCAUGGCGGCGCAGCAGACCAUGGUGGCCACCAUGGAGAAGACGACCAAGACGAUGGUGGCUGCCAACAAGCAGAUGGACAUGAGUCGCAUCCAGAAGACCCUCAUGGAGUUUGAGAAGCAAAGCGAACUCAUGAGCAUGGGCCAAGAGAUGAUGGAGGACACACUCAUCGACGCCUUUGACGAUGACGAGGUCGAAGAAGACCUUGUCGUCGACCAAGUCUUGGCGGAGAUUGGCCUCGAUCUGCACACGCAGCUCGCUGAUGCGCCGACACAGAGCCUCGAAGCAAUGCUUUCGCAGCUGCCAGAGGCGCCCAAGCAGUCGCCGAUCCUUCCCAGCGCGGCGCUAAAGCAGUAA